UUCACUGCGCAAAAGCGCACAGAAAUGUUAUCUGCUUGAAUCAAGAUAGCAUUCUCUUGAUUCUUUUUCUUAUCAAAGCUUUUUUUUCGAGACAAAAUGUCAAAAUUUUACUCUCUUAGCAUGUCUUUAGUAUUUACGAAGUUUAUCAGAAUCCUCUUUUGACAUAAGAGGACUCUGCGUCUCCAUGCGCCUUUCCUUACAACUCACCGUUCCUAACAUUUAACGCCAUUUAAAUGUUUUGAGAGGAUGUGGACGCUACCGAGGACCCGGUUCGCUCACUGUAACGGCUCGUCGAGCAGCGACGAGAAAGAAAUCGCCGUGAACAUCGGCGGCGUGCGGCUGGUGCUGUGCGGAGACAUUCUGAACCGCUAUCCGGACAGCAGGCUCGCCGAACUAGUGAACUGCUCAACUCGGAGUUUUGAUGUCAUUUCCUCGCUCUGCGAUGAUUAUGACCCUGGAAAACGAGAAUUCUACUUCGACAGAGACCCCGACUCGUUUAAAUGCAUCGUGGAAGUGUACUACUUUGGAGAGAUCCAUAUGAAGCGCGGGAUCUGCCCUAUUUGUUUUAUCAAAGAGAUGGAGUUUUGGAAGAUCGACUUGAGCUAUUUGGACGAAUGUUGCAAGAGUGACUUGAAUGAGAAGGAGGAAGAGUUGGCAGAGAUUGCAGACAAGGUGAAACUGAUCCUGGAUGAUCUGAACUGUGACCCUAACGUGAGCCGCACUGAAAGGUGGCAGAAGUUCCUCUGGAAGCUCAUGGAGAAACCAGAGUCCUCGCUCCCCGCACGCGUAAUUGCAGUCGUGUCCUUCCUUUUCAUCCUAGUGUCAUCUCUGGUGAUGUGUCUCGGGACCAUACCGGACCUCCAGGUGGAGGAUUCCGAGGGGAACCGCGUUGAGCACCCGACCCUGGAUGCUAUCGAGACGGCGUGCAUCGGCUGGUUCACUGUAGAAUACGUGCUGCGCCUCUCAUCAUCCCCAAACAAGGUGCGCUUCGCGCUCUCUUUCAUGAACAUGAUAGACUUCUUGGCCAUCCUGCCAUUCUACGUGGUGCUGGUUCUCACGUACCUCGGCACGGCCAUGAUGGAGCUGGUUAACGUGCAGCAGGCGGUGCAGGCGCUCCGCAUCAUGCGCAUUGCGCGCAUCUUCAAGCUAGCGCGACAUUCUUCUGGCCUGCAGACGCUCACGUACGCGCUCAAGCGGAGCUUCAAGGAGCUGGGGCUGCUCCUCAUGUACAUGGGAGUGGGCAUCUUUGUGUUCUCCGCGCUCGGGUACACCAUGGAGCAGAGCCACCCGGAGACGCUGUUCAGAAGCAUCCCCCAGUCCUUCUGGUGGGCCAUCAUCACCAUGACCACCGUCGGCUAUGGGGACAUUUACCCAAAAACCACCCUAGGCCGGUGCAACGCGGCCAUCAGCUUCCUGUGCGGGGUGAUCGCCAUAGCGCUGCCCAUCCACCCCAUCAUCAACAAUUUCGUAAUCUAUUACAACAAGCAGAAGGUGCUAGAAACCGCCGCCAAGCACGAGCUGGAACUCAUGGAGCUGCGCGCGCACGAGCUCGAGGUGAGAAGCUCCUCGCGCCGGUCUGACGCGCCCGGGAACGCGUGGGAAGGUGCCAUGCGCGCGUCGCGUAGCGAUACAUACAUCGCGCUCCUUUCGGGAACGCACAGAACUGAGCCCGCAAAGAAGAAGAAAAGCCUGACUUAGGCCACAAGUUAAAUAAACUUUCAAAGCAAUUUACGUUUCACGAGAGCUUGUUUGAUUUUGGUCAUUGUGCGCUAUGAACUGCUGUGCUGCAGUGUGACCGUCAAGCUGCUUGUGGUGUUUUCACUGGACAUCAAGAGUCAGUUCCUCUUCAAAAGUGUUAUUUUGUCUUUAUUAAAUAAAGUGCAUGUCAAACUUCGCGAGUAUGUGUUUUAGAUAACCAAAAUAUAUACAUGUAGCUACAAAUACACAUGUACAAUGAGCUACAGGUGUGAAAUCAGUAUCACCCACGACCACCAUCCUCCCGAGGUGACUGUAGAAGUUGUAAGUGUAAAAAUAAGAAGGAAUUACAUGACAGAAACCAAAUUUGAGGUAAGAAAGUAUAAUUUCAUUUUUUUUACAUGUUAAUGGAUGGUAUAUGAUUACACUGAUAUUGUGAAUUGCAGUUGUCAAAACUGGGAUGAGGUAUAGCAUAACAAUUUAUUAGCAAAAUGAAAUUGUAUUUAUUUAUUCAUGUAUUCAUUUUUUUAGUAUUACUGUUACCACUCUUCCCAGUAGUGGGUUAGAAUUUAAGAACAUCAUCUUUGAACUUGACAUUCACUUUUGAAAUAUAUAUUUCCUCAAAUGCAGAUUUUAUUGGUUGCUAGGAAGCAACUCUGUCUGAUGACAAACACAAACCAUCUGUCUGUUUUUAUAAUAUGGGUGUUUUUUUUUCAUUCUCAGUAUUAUAAUGUAGACAUGAGAGAGAUAUUGUCAGAAAUUCUUUUCUGGAAGGAAGAGUGUGCAGCUCAGGUGUUGGUGGAACUACAGGUGAGUCUUGCCUUUUAAGCAGUGAAUCUUCAAAUUAAAUAAUUUACACUGUCCUCAACUUUCUCGUUCUCUCUAUUCCUCUCUAUAUCUGUCUCCUAACCUCUACACAGUGAUCAGAUAUCAAGUGGCCAGUGCUAAAUAAAUACAGUUGUAAAUUUGGUCCAAAACAAAUUGUGAUUACUUGCAGCGUUUUUGCAGGUACUCAGAAAUGCAUGCAACCACAAUGUAUAAUAACUGUAUUUAAUCUUGCAUUAUAGUUGUGUUCACAAGUGGACUAUUUGUUCAGGUUUGCUUAAAAGCACACUGCUCCUGUGUAAGUGGUAAGCACAACAGGUGUUCGAAAAGUGAGCUGAUUUUCUGAAAUGUUGCUUUUUCACCAUUUUGCUUUACAUCUUGAGAGAGUUUACUCUCAUCCUUAUGUUGCUGUUUCCUGAUGUCCAAUUCCUGACUCAACAUUUCAGCACAGAGAUAAAAACAAAUGAGUCACGGAAUCCACCCAAACAUGCCGGAAUUCAGCGAAGGGCCACUGGAGGCUAAGAAUAGGACCCCCAGCAUGAUGUGGGCUGGUGUCAGUCAAGAAAACCGAUACUGAGUGUUUAUGGAGGGAAUGUGUGUCUGGUUGUUAUAUAGAGAAGCAUCUGAACAUGUCUGCACGGCAGGGGGUUCUCACAUACACCCUCGAAUUGCUCCAUCAAGAUGGCUGCCCUGGCACAUACAAGCGUGAUGAGAACUGACAUGGUUUAGAUUCGCAGCGCGAGGAGUAUGGGUGUGCUUCUAUGUGGGUUUGUGUGAAUAGUUGAAAGGUUUCUUUUGGGGUGUACAUUUAUGUUGUUCUCUGCAAUGUGUACUUCUUUUGUAUAACAGUUGUAGUGUUUCUGAAAGUUUAUCUUGAAUAAUUGUAAUUUUAUUUCUGUACAUGUACAGGUUUGAGGUUUUAAUUCUUGCACAGUGAGUUGAGCCCACCUGUGCUGUUCUCUAUGGCUCCCAUCAACAUCAGUAAGGUUAGAGAACAUCUGCCAAUUAACAGGAUCUAAACAAAGCUCAGCCAUGAUUCCACCAAAUUUUGGAACUGUUGUGAUGUUCUGAUUGAGAAUAAGAAUGUUUACCUAAGUCUGUUCCAUAAACUGUUCCAUAAACCCAGGUAUUUCAGAAAAUAUAAAAAAGUUUUAUUGACAUUUAUAGAAAUCAUUAGCUGUAGAUGAUAAAGGUAAUAAAAGGUCUGAUCAGAAAAUGGCAAUAUCAGAUAAGUGUAUGAAUUAACAAUGACUGAUUUAGUAAUUUAUAAUCUAACGGCCAUAAACAGGAUUUUGUACAUUUUUAUAACUUUUCCUAUAAAUAUUUACAUUUAUAAUGCUAACACUCUCUAUACAAUUUAUAUUUUUUAUCUAUUUGUUUUAUUUUAUUUAUAAAAACUUGACCCUCUAACACGAGCAGCUAUUCUAUUUAUUUAUUUAUUUUUUUGUUAUAAAAAAUAAUGUACACAGACAUUUUGAGGGAAAGUGGA